AUGGCCAAAAAUGGGUGUUUCUGUAACUACGGUAAAACGGGCCACCAUGGCUCCAUUCUGAAACGAUGGAAGCUGAAUUAUUUCGACCUGUGGAUGGAUGGGACCUUCGUCUGCUAUAAAGAUGACAACCGCAAUGACUAUGAAACAACAUUGCGUCUCAAGGAAAGGUGUGCCGGUGUCAAGUCUGGGCUGGAAUGCACAAGUGUGUGCCCUCCAGAAGGCCGUCCAAGAGAAUGCCUGCUGCUUGUGUUUCAGCGGGAUGGGUCCACCAUGGUGAUGUGUGCCAACAGUGAAGAUGAAGCACUAUCAUGGAAGCUGGCUUUAAUGGAGGCAAAAAGAAGUCCAGUGUACACUUAUGAUCCAUAUGAUGACAACUACCAGUUUGUCCCUGUAGACAGCCACAAUGCCAUUUACAUCAGUCCCGAUUACCCUGGAUAUGGAUAUGGAGGUACCCACCAUAUUGUGAUCCAGGAGGACCCAAGUGAUGGAAUGGGAGAAGAAGUGGCAUUGGGGCUACUGGCAGGGAUGGCCACCGGGGCGGCGCUGCAGUCUUUUAUGUGGAUGCCAUUCUGGUUCUGUUAAAGUGGCCAGUGCCUGCAGAGAUCUGUCUCCCAGUGAGCUAGGAGGAUGAACUAGCCUGAGGCAAUGUGAGAGCACUCAGGCCCUGUGAGAGAACUGCUCUAGGCUUAAGCAGCUUAACUUUGGCCUGUUAUGCCAAAUGUUUCCAUAUGUAUUUAUUCAAUAACAAUAUGUGGUAAUAUAUAUUUCUCAUAGAAGUGACAUUUGGUUACUUUUGUAAUCAAAAAAUCAUAAUUGUCUCUGCACAGAUCGAAAGAAUUAAAUACAGAUUCAUUCA